UGCGUUCUGGUCGGCCCAAGCGGCGUAUGCGUUAUAUUUUGUGGUCCCUUGAGUCUGGCUGUUGGCCCGCUGCUACGUCUGAUUGGAUUUUUGGCGCAAGUAGUCUAAAAAGCCGGCUAAAGUGUUCCGCGUGCGUGUGUGUUGCCGGAAAUACUUAGAGUAAUCGAAAGGCAAAAAACCAGAAAAGAAAAGAAGCAAAAAAAAAAAAACCAACAACACAAAAAAAACGAAACAAAUUCGAGGAAAAUUAACUUGGAGCAUUCGUUAGAAGGUGGCUCUGGCUCUGGUUCUGUGGCUGCCAUUAUUAUGUUUUGUUUUAGCCCAGUGGCCCCCUGCUAACUCGAAAGUAGGUUAAUUGACGUGUGUUUGUGGGUGGAUCGACAAGGAAAAUAACGGAAAAAAAGAUACACAUACAAAACCAAGUACCAGGGGCAGAGACAGAGACAUAGGCAGGCAGUAAGGUGUACUGAGACCUCCCAAGAGAUUCACUGAAACGAGCAGCACGCGACAACUUCAAGGAGAUUACACUCAAGCUUCCACGAAAGCCAAACUAAAGCCACACUAAAGCCAAACUAAAGCUAAUCUAAGGUCACUCGAGAAGCUCGAGCAGCGGCAGUCUUGCAGCAGGAGGCAGGCGCUGGAGGAGCAGCCAAUGCAACCUGCACAGACAUCAUUAGAAGUGAACGCCAACCACACAAAAUGCUGAUACUGCUGCCAUUGCUGGGGAUAUUUGGCAAUGGUCUCGUUGCUGGAGUCGUCGAGGCGAGCCUGAGUCUGGGCUUUAAGGCCAUCAAAUUGCCCCGCCAUCCCAAUCCGGCCAAUUGCAGUGUUGGCAACACAACAUUCGCACAUGGAGUCACAUUUAAAUUGGAUUGUAAAACCCAAUGCGUUUGCGAGAAUGGCCGCCACGCCUGCUCGACGCUAUGUCCCAACGAGCAGCUGCCGGCGCCGGAGGACACCAUUUCCUGCCGAUCGCCACGUCUCGUCGAGGUGCCCGGCCACUGCUGCAAGAUGUGGCUCUGUGAGAAUCCAACAGCUGAUGUUUACGCCACCUGCCACAACAGCACCACCAGCGGCAACUGGACCGCCUGCAGCCGUGGCUGUGGCCUCGGCACGGCCACCAGGCAGACAAGCACCCCCCACGCGGGCUGCCAUCAAUUGAGCAAUUUGCGGCUCUGCGAGAAUCGUAGGUGUGACGGCGACCACAACCAGCCGGACAACAAUAGGCGGAGGAGUAGCAGCCACUCAUUAACAAAGAGAAGGAAACACCAUGGGGAUGGGCAUGGGGACGGGCAUGCCAAAGCGCCGCAUUCCCACACCCAUCAUCAUCAUAAUAGCGAGCACCAGGAGCCAGCCCACAGGAUACGAAAGGGCCACGAGUGCCGCAGCAUACAGCGCCUGGGGCCGGCACGGAUUCGUUUGGGGCAGUGCGUCUCCCGUAAGCUGUAUCGACCGAAGCUAUGCGGACGUUGCCAUCGCGCACUCAAGUGCUGUGCCCCGUCGGUGUCCACCACGAUACAGGUCGAGCUGUUGUGUCCCUUAAAUGCUGUCGAUCCAAUUAACUACGUACAACAGCGGGUCCUGGCCAGACAGAGGCAAACGAAGAAGGACGACGAUGAUGAUGAUGACGACGAUGGCGAGCAGGAGGAGCAUACAGAGGAGCCCAAGGAGGGGCAGAACUGGACGCAGGAGCAGCAGCAAAGUGCACAGUUAUGGGAUACCGUGGCGCUGGAACCAAUCGAUCAGGAAUUCCUGCAAUCACAUCAGAUACAAAUUGAGAAUAAAUUCAUUGCCGUCGAAUGGAUACUGAAAUGUGAAUGCAGCAAGAAUCAUUGCAACGGUGACAGCAGCAACAGCAACAGCAGCAGCAGCAGCAGCAGCAGCAGCAGCAACAUACCCCGUGACAACAUGUCUAACACGAAUAAAUAUGGUUACAGCAAUUACAAAAACCACAUUAAUGAGGGCCAACAGAAAUCGGAGCCCAGGCAGAGGCUGAUGCAGCGGCAUAGCCACGAAAAUAAUGGCGAGUCAAAUGAGCAAACCAACAACAACAACAACGACAACAACGAGGCGGAUGUGGAUGCGGAUGUGGGCAACAGCAAAAUGGACGUAGACCACAACGAUAUAGACAGCUCGUCCUCGGAACAACAGCCUGAUAUAAUACCCUAUCCAUUGAGCGUGGGCGAGACCAGUUGGAAGACCGCAAAACUACGCCAGAAGCAACAGCAGCAGCAGCAACAGCAGCAGCAGCAACACUGGCAACAUUUCACAUAGCCCAAACAUAAAUCUCACAUGCGAUAGAGGAAAAGUCGUUGGGGCAGGGCCGGAAAAAGAGCGGCAGGAUCAGUGGGAGAUGAGGAUAAACCAGCAGUAGGAAUGGGAUCGGGAUCAGAAGGUGUAGUAGGCUAGGGGAGGGAGAGGAGAGUAGAGUUUAAGAUUUGUACAGCAUAGCGAUACAUAACAAAAAGACCAUUCCCAUUCCCAAUCCCAUUCCCAUUCCCAAUGGAUGGAUGGAUGGAUGGAUGGAUGGUGAUGGAACUGUAAAGAGUAGGAAUACGCGUGUGGGAGUGGAGUGGAGUGGAAAAUUCGGAAAUGGUGAUGCAAGUUAUACUUAGGAUUUGAACAUAUCGAGGCCGUAAGUUUAGGUAUGUGAAUGGAUGAGAUAGGGUUAAUCGAAACACCAAAAGGGGGCACACAAAAGAAACAAAAAAAAAACGGCAAGCAAGUCAAACCAAAAGAAAAGGAAACAGAAAAAAACCACACACAACUAAAAUUCCAAUUCCAAUUCCAAAUAUUUUUGCAAGCAACAAAGAAGCAAAAGAAGAUGCAUAAUUUCCCCCAAUACUAUAAUAAUAAUAAUAAUAA